AGAAAAAGAAAAGGAGGAAAGAAAGGAAGGGAGGGAGGAGGAAAAAAGAAAGGGAGGGAGGAAAGGGAAGGAAGGAGAAGAGAAAACCACUAAAGAGACUCAAAAUGGUCGAAUCUGCGUUUGUUUACUCCUGCCGUGAGCCUCCAUUCAGCAACGUCAUCACCAUCGGACACAAAAACGGCGCUCGGGAGUGACGCCAACGCCGCUGGGGCCUUCCGUCCGCCUUCCGAAAGGCGCCUUUACUCCCGGACCAUAGAGAACGAAGGCUUGACGCCCAGAACAGCCGGGCGGGAAGCCCGCCACCGGAAGCGCUGCCCGCGGGGCCAGCUUUCUUCCCCUCCCCUCCUCUCUAUCGGCUUCCCCUUCCGGCGCGCGUCGCGAUGGCGCGGCCUGGGCCUGAGGGUCCCUCCUAGCCCCUUCCCCCUCCCUGCCCGUUCGCUUCUUAUGGCGGCCCCGCACCCCGACAAGCUGGAGGGGGGAGUAGGCCUCGCUCCGCCUGCUCCGGGUCCGCCUCCGCCGCCUCCGCCACUUCCGCCACCCCCGCCGCAGGGGACCCUCACCACAGGCCCAGGCCGCAAGCAGGGCAAGGCAGGUCUUCAAAUGAAGAGUCCAGAGAAGAAACGUCGCAAGUCCAACACGCAGGGGCCCUCCUAUUCCCACCUCUCGGAGUUUGCCCCCCCUCCCACCCCGAUGGUGGAUCACCUGGUGGCCUCCAACCCCUUUGAAGAUGACUUUGCCAUCCCCAAGGUUGGCUCUUCCUCCGCGCCCUUCCUCGGCAACCCCGGCCCCUUCGGGAACUUCCGCAUGCAAGGGGCGAUGGGCCCCCAGGUCCCGCCCAGCUAUGGUGGGGGGCCGCAGCCCAUGCGGAGGCAGCCGCCCCCCUUUGGACCAAACCAGAUGAGCCCAGCAUUCAACAUGCCCCCCCAGAAUCCCGGCUACGUGCAACCUGGCGGGAUGGGCUUCGCCGGGCAGCCGUUUGGGCAGCCGCUGGGACAGAACUUCAGCCCCCCCAGUGGGCAGCUCAUGCAGGGUCCCAUGGGGGGCUUCGGCCCCAUGAUGUCACCAACCAUGGGGCAGCCCCCCCGCGGAGGAGACAUGGGCUCCGGGCCAGCCCUCAACCCUCCAGGGGGGCCGCCCAUGGCCCAGCGAUUCAGCCAGCCCACCAACCUCUUUGGACAGUCCCCUCUGCAGCGCCCCAACCCCAAUCUCUCCAGCCUGCCCCCCAACCCCAGCCCCUUUCCGGGGCCCGACCCCGGCUUCCCCCCCUCUGCCGAAGACAGCGGGGCCGGCAAGCCCCCCCUCCACCCACCUCCCAACAGCUUCAACCAGGAACAGCACACCGGCUCGCCGGCGGCCGUCAACGGCACCCAGCCCGCCUUCCCACCCAACAGCACCGGUCACGGCGGCGGCGGCGGCACCUCGGAAGGCAACCCCUUACCUCCUACCGGCAAGACAGCUGGCAACUCCGGGCACCAGCCCCCGCCCGGCCUGGUCUACCCCUGCGGGGCUUGUCGUAGCGAAGUGAACGACGACCAAGACGCCAUCCUGUGCGAGGCUUCGUGUCAGAAGUGGUUCCACCGGGAGUGCACGGGCAUGACGGAGAAUGCCUACGGGCUGCUGACCACGGAGGCCUCGGCCGUUUGGGCCUGCGACUGCUGCCUGAAGACCAAGGAGAUCCAGUCAGUCUACAUCCGGGAGAGCAUGGGGCAGCUAGUGGCCGCCAACGACGGCUGAGCCCUGCCCCUCCCUUGCUGUCCUCGACCUGCCCCGGUGGCCAAGAGGGACGGCGAAUCCGGUUUAUACAACACCCUUGGCUGAGGAGGGGGCACUGAAUCUCGUCCCUUGAACCAGCCGGGCAGUAAUGGAGCUGGAGAAUUCUGGGGGGGGGGUCUGAGAGGAGAGAGAGAGAGAGCAGCCUGUCUGUUUUUUAAGAAAUCCCUCCCCCCCACGACCUCACUCUGGGGAGGGUCUUCAGUCCUGACCCUGGACUUGCUGGGCACACAGUUGGACUGCAGUGGCUGGACACAGAGGCGCCCACCCACCCAUUUUACAUCUUCACCCGUCUGUCCUGCGUUCGUCCCUCUUUCUUGCCCCAGACCACGACUGCCCUUGGAAACUGCCAAGCAGCCCAGCUUGCCUUGAAAGAUUGGCUGGAUUAAAAAAAGAGGGGGGGUGUUUCCCCAUCUUCUCCCCUCCCUCUUCAUUCCUCUCAUCUGCCUCCAUUCCAGUUUUCAGCUCAGCCUGGCCUCCGUCUGGUCCACUCGGAAGUGGAGCGGUUAUCAACCGUCUAUCGUCUGUUUUUUUCCAGUAAAUUCCAACAAAUGCAAUUAAUACCUCUUAUUUUUUGGGGGGGUCGUCUGGCAGAAAGAGACUGCUCCCCCCAAUCCUACAGAAUGCAACUGAGGAGGGUCAGGGUGCUCCUGAUUUUGGCCUUCUGAGCGUAAAAUUUCUGGAACCGGCCCAAAGCGGAAUCUUUCGGAUAGCUCUGAGUGACUGCUGUCUUCUUGAGGAAAAAAAAAAAUUUAAAAAGGACAAACUGCUGCCCUUUGGCUCACGAGAGGACUUUAAAACACACACACACACAAACA